GUGAAGCGAGUAGUUUGCAUUUGCCGGCGUGAUACAUAAACCGCCGCGAGAUGAUUCGGAUGCUUUAGUGUACAUUAGCGAGAGCUACCGAUCGUAGCGCGAUCGAACGAGCGAGCGCAGCAUCAAUCAGCAAUAGCAGAAGCAGAAUCGGUCGGAAAUGGCACAGCGGAAAGUUACAAAUCUUGCCGGCGUGGUACACGGCGUCGAAGACUUUCGUGUGGAAGAAAUCCCCAUGCCACGGCCGCGCGAUCAUGAGGUCCUGCUCGAGAUGGACUGUGUGGGCAUCUGCGGCUCGGACGUGCACUACGUGUCGCACGGAGGAUUCGGCGACUACAAGCUAAAGGACAAGCUGGUGCUCGGCCACGAAUCGUCCGGUGUGGUGGUGGCCGUUGGAGCAGACGUAACCAGCCUGCAGGUGGGUGAUCGUGUCGCCAUUGAACCCGCGAUUGGCUGUCGCACUUGCCGGCACUGUAAGGCCGGCCGGUACAAUAUCUGCCCGCAGGGCGUUUACUGUGCGACCACGGGGCAUGGCAAUUUGUGCAACUACUACACGCACGCGGCCGACUGCUGCUUUAAGCUGCCGGCGAAUGUGACGAUGGAGGAGGGCGCCCUGCUGGAACCGCUUGCCGUGGGGGUGCACUGUUGCCGCCGGGGUGGUGUCGGGAUUGGCAGCACGGUGCUGGUGCUCGGUGCCGGACCGAUCGGGCUCGUUACGCUGCUGGUAGCGAAAGCGAUGGGUGCGGCCAAGGUGUGCGUCAUCGAUCUGGUGGAGCGGAAGCUCGAGCUAGCCAAGACGCUAGGGGCCGAUGCAACGCUGGCAGUUAGCGGACACGAUACGCAGGAUGAGAUCGUGAAGCGCAUUCAUGCACUGCUCGGUACUGCGCCAGACAUUAGCAUCGAGUGUACGGGGGCGGAAGCGUGCGUACAGCUGGGAAUUGAAGCUACCGUACCGGGCGGUGUGGUGACGCUGGUUGGCAUCGGUGCCAUACAGCAGCGUGUCCCGAUAACGACGGCCCUGGUGCGUGAGAUUGACAUCCGGACGGCGUUUCGGUACGCCAACUGCUAUCCAGCAGCGGUCGCGAUGGUAGCGAACGGUACGAUCGAUGCACUCAAGCUGAUCACGCAUCAUUACGAGCUGCAGGAAUCGGACCAAGCGUUCAAUACGGCCCGGUACGGGCUGGACGGUGCAGUCAAAGUCAUGAUCCACUGCCAACCAAGGAACAAAAACAAUCCACAACGAAAGGUGUAGGCAUCGUUUCUGGAACGUCCCGCUCGGCAGUGGGGCGAAAAGCUGCGUCAAUAAAUCUUUAUAGUAUUUGCACAGUCCCAGUGUUUUGCGUUUAUGAAUCAAACGUGACAUCAGAAAGAAGCCAUGAUUCUCCUCAGCUCCACAGCACGUUGCAUUGCAUGAUGUCCGGUCCGUUCAGUCAGAGAUUUGCAAUGCAUCGUUAACGGAGGCAUCCCUGACCCAGUGUCUUGUUCUCUCGCUAUAUCAUCUACAUCGACUAGGCCUGGUUGCUUCGAUGCUAACGACAGGGCAGGGACAAAAGGCAAGAUCGUACUGCAAGAGAAGUCAGUCCCCUCCAUCGACUGCGUUUGUCUGUCUGUGAACAAUCAUUGGGGGUAAUUUGAUUGGCCCGAUACGGCGGCUGUUUUGCCAUCGCCACCCUCGCCAUACCAAUGCCGCUACUACUGCUGCAUCUUGUCAUAAUCUAUAGGCAUUCGGUUCCCCUUUAGCG